AACAGUCACUCAGCUCAGGAGGUCCAAUCUUCAAUCAGCCACUAUCCCAGAGGGCUUCGCACCAGCAGCCAAUGACCGUCCAGAGAUCCGAUCUUGUGACAGCCGGUAUCCCAGAGCCAAUCAGCAUCCAGUGCCUUCAGCGUGCGCGGCCGGUGGUGGUCGGUGUUGUCCUCCGCCGUGGUGUGGUCGGAGCGGGCCGGCUGGGCCUCGGAGCGGCGGCAGGAUGCCACAUCGCAAGAAGAAAUCGUUUAUCCAGAAGAAGUCAGCAGUGACAUUUCACCUGGUGCACAGGAGCCAAAAGGACCCUUUGGUUGCAGAUGAGAAAGCCCCCCAGCGUGUUUUGCUGCCAGUUGAGAGGGCUGACUUGCAGAAGCAGAAAGAGGAACAGAGGAAGUACGGCAUCUUCUUCGAUGAUGCCUACAAUUACUUGCAGCACCUGAAGGAGGCAUCGCCCGUCGCUGAGCUCGUGGCAUCCAGCCCGCGGCCACGGGGUGGUACAGAGACAGUUCCUUCAGAGGAUGGCGUCCAGCAGGAAAUACACCAGAUUUCCAGUUGCUCCAUUAAUCUCCCAUCCUCGGUGUUCGCCUCGGAGUUUGAGGAGAAGACGGGCCUGUUGAACAAAGCUGCCCCUGUUCGAGGACCACUCCCGGAGCUGGACCCCGAUAUCGUAGCUGCCCUGGAUGAUGACUUUGACUUUGACAACCCAGACAACGUCCUGGAGGAUGACUUUGUGAUGAAGGCAGUAGGAAACAGGGGCGAGGCAAUCGCUCGCACGGGAUCCGACGGUGAAGAUGAUGAGGAAGAUUGGGAGGAUACAGAAGGUGAGGAUUACGACUCGAACGGCGCACUCUCUGAUGAGGACGGAUCAGGUUCUGGCAGUGGCAGGAGCAGUCCCCGGGAGUUCCUCUUCGCAGAGGAAGAGACAAGAAGUCGUUUCACCAACUACUCCAUGACCUCCUCGGUGAUGAGACGCAACGAGCAGCUCACCCUGUUGGAUGACCGGUUUGAGAAGCUGUAUGAAGAGUACGAUGACGAUGAGAUUGGGGCCCUGGACCAUCUCGAGCUAGAGGGCUGCAUCCAGGUGGAUAGUGAGCGGCUUGGUGUAGUCAUCUCCGAUUACCACAGUCAGAAGUCUAAAGUCUGUCAGAUGCCGGACAAUCUGGGGCCAAGAGCGGAGGUCCUGUUAGAUAAGGAGGAGGAGGAAGCGGAGGGGGAGAUGGAGACCAUUGUCACUGAGGAGCCCACCGAGCAGUGGGACUGUGAAUCCAUUCUCAGCACCUACUCAAAUCUCUACAACCACCCGAAGCUGAUAACAGAUCCACCAAAGCCCAAAACGAUCAAGGUUUCCUGUAAAACAGGAAUCCCGUUAGGUGUCUUGCCGAGGCCAAGUCUCACGACAAAACAGCUGGAGCGAAUGGAAAUGAUCAACGACAGUGACCUGCCAAGGGCUUCCACACAGACCCGUCUGCGCGGUGAGAGCAAGGAAGAGAAGAAGUUGCGGAAACAGGCGAUUAAAGUGGAGCGAAAGGAGCGAAGAAUUGAGAAGAAGACGAACAAAACAGCAUUCAAGGUGGAGAAAACACGACAGGAGCAGGUGCUGCUGAACCUGAGACACAACUUGCAAGGGAUUAAACUCUAAGGGACGGUGAUGGGGAUACCACGUUUACCCCCUCCUGUGGGGAUUGGACCUCAGACUCACAAUUUGGCAAGUUACUACUUACUACACUGGAUUUGAACAGACGGACAUGGCACUCCGGAAGCAGCAGCGACCCCAGGGGUCUCCACAGAAAGAACUCUCUGGACAUCAAAGGGUGAAGUUUUGAGAGGGAAGUGAUGUGGGGAAGAGCAGCUUCCGUUGCAGAACCCAUUGACGAUCAAUACCAGAUAUCUUGAAGAACAGAAAUUGGAUCAUUCCCAUAUGUGCUCAUAAAAUGUUUUAUGAAAUGG